AUGCGUCUCCCUAUGGAAUUACAGCUUCAGAUUCUUGAAGCAGUGGACUUUACACAGAUUCCCACAUUAAUUCAAGUCUGUACCGCCUGGCGAAGCUACAUUCAUGCUCACAUACACUCCCACCGCUUUCUGGCACGGCGGUAUGCGGUCCAUCCACGUACCGUUGACGCUGGUACUUUACCGCCGCUUCCGGGGUAUCACCUGGGGAUACUGUAUCUCACACAUCUUCUGUUGGCUAAGGGGGAAUACCACCCAUGCCAUAUAGAGUUUUACGAGGAAGAAGAGAAAACGCUGGGGUACCAACCGAAGAUAUCAUCGAGCAACUGGCGUAUUUUUGAAGACGAUCAGUGUGUCCGCCCCGCUGUGCCAGGGAACUCCGAAUCAUCUUUAGAAACGCGUAUAAUAGGGCCGUUCUCGGCACCAUCGCCGGAGCCGUCCUUUUCUACAAACUUCUUAGUAAUGCUUGAAAGUAAAAUUGGUGUACCGGUUUAUGGCUAUAGGAGUAUUGGAAAGUUAUUCAGGUCUAUAGCUUACUUUCAUCGUACCGUGUUCAGUAGCAAAAGACAGGAUGAAGGGCGGGAGCUGGAUGAGCUGAUAAGAGUUAAGCUUGAUUGUCGGUUUUAUCCUGGAUCGGGGAUGACGAUGAUUUAUAUAUGGUUUGAGGAGGAAGAGAGGAAAGUUGAGGAUGCGAGGGAGGUUGUUAGGUUAAUUUUAUAG